GUUAAUUUCAACACGUUCUUACUCACCAUCAACUUCGUCUGUAUUCCUGGCAUGUUACACCCGCGAAUCUGACGCCCCCAUGUUUCGUUCCUAAGCGUGGUGCCGGAUUAAACCUGUGCAGCUGCAUGUACCUUCACCGUACGUUAUCGCAUAAAUGAUAAACUUCUUCUUGCCCAAGAAGUUUCUUCAUUACUGUCGUUUAGAUACCAUUUUAUGCCAGAAUACCCAUUUGACUGUGUUUAAUGUGCUAUAGAAAGCGCCGGACAGCCUGUCUCAUAACAUUUGCGUUCUGUUUUACCAUCCUUUCCUGUUUAUUCGGAUAUAUCCGAUGAUACUGCUUUUAAUAUGAGCGAUAAGGACAAGCAAUUUACUGAAUUAAUCCGGGUUCACAGAAGAACUAACGAGUUAUCUGGAACAGAUGAGCAUAUUCAAGCGCCACCAAAUGUUUUUCCUGAAAAGCCUCAUUGCACUCCGAGGUUCGUUAUUUUGGGUAUGCCAUCCUCAGGAAAGUCAGAGCUAGCGCGAAGGUUGUGUAGCAUUUGGGGCUGUGAGUAUGUAAAUGCGUCCAACUUACUACAACGUCACAUUUCGAGUGGCAUGUUGACUGGAAGUUACUUGUCAGAAACUAUGCAAAAUGGAAAUGAUCUUCAAGAUUCUGAUGUGCUGAGAAUAAUUUUUGAUAAGCUGGAUUCUGAUGAAUGUCGGAGAUCGGGAUAUGUCCUGGAUGACUACCCAACUAAUAGUCAGAAAUAUAAAUCGAUAACCGAGCAGUUGAAAAUUCUAUGUACUCUCAGUUCAAAGCCGAAUUGCUACAUUUAUGUAAACACAAACCAAAGGGAGCAUUUUUGCUGGUGGGCACAGAAACGCAUUGAUCCGAAGACCGGAUGCCUGUAUCAACCCAACGAUCAAGGAAUUUACGAAAGAAACACGCGCAUGCAUUCAGCUGGGAGUAUAAGUAUCAAUGAAGAGCCCGCAUUGUAUAAAAUGCCAGGGGAACAACUUCUCACCAGGCAUGAAGACCUCGCUGAAUCAAUUGAAAAGCAUCUGGAUUUUUAUAAGACAACGAUGCAACCAGCGCUAGCUAAGUUUCUGAUGUCACAAAGAGCAGCUGUAAUUCAUGUACACAGCCGGAACAUACAUGAGGAACUUUUCACGAAUGCCAUUCAAGCCCUGUACAAUAACUCCGAGCAUCCUGAGUUGCGUGCUCUUGAUCUGUUUGGUGAAAAGGAAAAUGAGGACUCAACAAAGACGGAUACGCCUCAAGUGUCGACUUCUUCCAAAAAACGCCGGUGGAAAAAGUUAAAAGAUGCAUUUGGCUGCAGCACAUCUGAUAAUGAGGUUCCAUGAAGAAACUUGAUUUCCUUCAAUCUAAGUUAACAUGUUUUAAAUACUUAUAAUUUUUUGCUCAAACAUCUUUCCCCGGAAGAGUAUUAUCACGCCUCCAUUGGACGAACAGAUGUUUUAUUUAUUUAUUUCUGAAAAUAAAGUUCUGGAUAAACUUUCCUUUUCGAAAGUAA